CAUGAACACAACGAACCUGACGUCAGGCUUGCUUGCGUCAGGCUUGCGUGCGAAGGCACAGUUACGUAGCACGCAGAACCCUAUCGCCGGGACGCCGGUUCAUAACCUCCUUCAUAACUACAAACUGCACCCCGGAAGACGAGUAAAACGCGGCUAAUUUGUUGACAGGCGCUGUGGAUACCUCACCUUAAAGCAGGCAAGAUGUCGUCUUAUGAGGAGAAUGAGUCCAAGUUUUUACGAAAGGCAAAGGAGAAUCCGUUUGUCCCAAUCGGGAUGGCUGGAUUUUUUGCGAUUGUUGGCUACAGGCUGAUGAAAAUGAAAAGUCGGGGCGAUACAAAAAUGUCAGUACACCUGAUCCACAUGCGUGUAGCUGCCCAAGGCUUCGUGGUGGGGGCCAUGACUGUUGGUGUCCUGUUCUCCAUGUACAGAGAGUACUAUUUAAAGCCCAGAGAACAACAAAAAGCAGCAGAACCCAAGUGAACAUGGCUGCUCACACUCAUAUUUUAUGUCCUUAGUAUUGCCUCACAUUAAGGUGUGCAGAAGAUUUGUUUUACAGAUGUGCCAUAACUUUUUUAUGCACACAUCCACUGUAAAUGGUUAAAGCUAUCUGAUGCUCCCUGUCUUCUGUAUAGUAUACCAGAGAUUAGACCUAUCUCUUAACACUUUUUGGGUGUUGUUUCUGUGUUAGUUUGGGGGCAUUAAAUAUAUUAUUGAAGGGUGUAAUAUAAAAUAUCAUAGGAAAAAGAAAAUGGAUAAAAUUUGAAUAGGUGUAUGACUACUAGCUGAGACCUGGGUUUAAAAAUUAAAAAAAUAUAUAUAUAUUUAUAUAAAAGAAACCAUCAGAUGCUGUUAUCUUUUGUCUCAUAUUGCUUAACUAUCCCUGCUUAUUUUCUGUAUAAUGUAUAAUGAUGGUUGACAGAAUAAAAUUGUUUGCACCUGUUAA